CGCUGAGGAGAGCGGGGCCCCGCGGGGGACCGGGACACUCUGAGGGGAUCCGGACCCUCCUCAGGUGCUGCCGGUGUGAAAGAUGAGGCUGCACGAGAGCCGGACGAGACCCUUCCAGGCCCCUGCCACUGUGCACACCUUCCCGGGCCGGCAGCUCUUCGUGUUCCCCAGUGGCCGCUCCGACUCGGAGGAGUCCUCGGAGGAGGAGCUGAACGUGAUGGAGUUGCGGCCCCGGGGCAAGGAGCAGCAGCGGGGCAGCGCCGCCCGGGGCAGGCCGGGGGACGUGGUGCUCCUGGAGAGGGAGCUGACCGAGGAGGACAGCCUCAACAAGCUGGCCCUGCAGUACGGCUGUAAGGUUGCAGAUAUCAAACGCGUCAACAACUUCAUCCGGGAGCAGGACCUGUACGCGCUGAAGUCCAUCAAGAUCCCGGUGCGGCCGCACGGGCUGCUCACGGAGGGCGCGGGGGCCCCGCGGCCGCCCCCGGCAGAGCCCGCCCAGCCCGGCCUGACGGAGCCGCCCGAGCCCGGGGCGGGCAGCGCUGCUGGCGGCCAGCGAGUCAGUGACUACUUCAGGGGCAUCGACCAGAGCAUCCAGGACGCCGUGCAGGUGGAGGUGCAGCUCAACGCCGAGUACGGCGGGGAGGGGCUGGAGAGGCCCCUGCCCGAGGCGGGGAAGCGGGACAAAGCCGGGAACGGCGCGGACUGCGGAAUCCAGUGGUGGAACGCCGUGUUCAUUAUGCUCCUGAUAGGAAUCGUCCUGCCAGUGUUUUAUAUCAUCUAUUUUAAAACACAAGGCCUGGUGGCCCACACCUCUAACAUGACAAACUCAAAUGUUUCGUCGGUUGGAUAGGAAGGGAAAUUACCACAAGACUCAGUUGUAGGAAAAAAAAUCCUAAGGUGAAAGGGCAGCCCACUUCAGCCUCUCCAGCAGUGAUGCCCAUAUGCUCGUGACUGAUUCAAGUGCACCCGAGGGGAUACAACAAUACAGAUUAUUUUUAUUUUUAUAAGUAGCUGAUGAUGUAAUCCUGAAUUUGACUGAAAAUGAGGUGAUGUGAUUUUGAUAGAAAAACGAGGAUGCUUUGUUGCUUAAAGAGAUCAUCACCCAGGUGGCUUCAGAGUUGGGAACUCUGUUGAGGGAAAGUAUUUUGUAGCAAUUUAUUCAUUAUGGUUGCUUCAGGUAUUUCUUAAUGCUGUGUCUAGAAGCAAAUUCUUUGCUGAUGAGCUAGAGAGUGCAGUAUUAAUGUGGUUGGAAAGUUGGGGGUUGUCUGCAUUUUAAGGAAACACUUUUUGCUGGAAUAGAAGCGGGGGACACUUUUUCUCAGAAGCGUCAUAUUUGUCUCUUGCAGACCAUGGUGGCCUGCUUGACCCUAAUGAUGCCUUCUGGAGCUCUGAGCUGGGUGUGCCAGGGCACAAUGAUGCUGCCAGCACCCCACCUUGUCACCCCCUGAGCAAAUCUUUGUGCUGUGUUCAAUUGAGAUGCAUCAGGCCCAACCCUGGCAAGGGUGAGCCCAGACCUCUUCCCCUCAGUGAAAUUCCUCAGAGAUCUCAGUGCAGGAUCUGUGCUGUCCCAGGGUGCUGCUCAGCCCUGCAGGGGCUGUUGGAUGAGGACAGGAGAGCAUGAGAGAGGAGUCACAGGCACUUCUCAAGGGCUCAUUUGCUGGCAGGAGCUCUAGUCAGUAUUAUUUGCUAAAAAAACUAAUAAUAGUCUGUAGUGGUGCUUCUCAGAGACCCAGGCUCAGGCAUGGAAUUACUUGCUCGUGUGCAGUCUGAGUGGGAGUGAAGUGGGAGCUGGGUGCAGGUUGCAAGGCCCAGGACAGAAGCCCAAGAAGAAAGAAGGGUGAAGCCUUUCUGGAGAGGACUGUGACACUGCUGAUUGUGGCAGUUUCUGUGAACUGAGCACGUGCACUGAAAAGCUUCACAGGGCAGUGGAGGUGUUGGUCAGCCCAGGGCUGUGCCCUUCAGGGCCACUCAGCAAACACUACCUGCUGCAAGGGAGCAGCAAGGGAGGCCUUGGGAGCUUUGCUAAACAGAAGAACUUGCCUCAGAAAUUGGAUUCAGCAAAUUCUGGGCCUGUGGGCAGAAGUAAAGGCUUUCCUGGAACCAACCACUACAUGUGUGGGCAGGUGCUGUUGGUGCUGAGGGUGAGGGCA